GAGGCCACAGCUCCACAAGAACCACUGCCAAAUUAAACCCAUCUUUCCUUGCUCUCUCUUUCUUUGUUUUAGUAUUUCCUUUCUUUUCUUCUUCUUGAAACUUGAAACUUGAAACUUGAAACUUACAAGUAUGGUGAUGCUUGAAACAGGCCUCUCAACUGCCAUGAACGCUAAAGUCAUUGGAACAGGUGAAGAAACCAUAGUUCUUGCACAUGGAUAUGGAGGAGACCAGUCUGCUUGGGACAAAAUUGUUCCAGACUUGGCAAAGUACUUCAGGAUUCUCGUUUUUGACUGGUUGUUUUCCGGUGCUGUUAAAGAUCAACAACUUUUUGACCCAGAGAAGUAUGCUUCUUUUGAUGCUUUUGCUGAUGAUUUAAUUUGCCUCUUAGAAGAGAUGAGCCUCAUAUCAUCACCAGUUGUUUUUGUUGGUCAUUCCAUGUCUGGUAUGAUUGGUUGCAUUGCUUCCAUCAAAAGGCCUGAGCUGUUUAAGAGGCUCAUACUUGUUGGAGCUUCUCCAAGGUACAUAAACAUAGAUGAUUAUGAAGGAGGGUUUAAGAAAACAGACGUAGACGAUAUUAUAUCAAACAUAGAAUCAAACUUUCAGAACUGGACACCAGGCUUCGCUUCUCUUGUUGUGGGUGCGAAAGAUAAAGAUCCUGACUCAGUUGAACAAUUCACGAAAUGCUUGUCCAACAUGAAACCUGAACAUGCACUAUCAGUGGCCAAAACUGUGUUUUACAGCGACGAGAGGGAAAUUCUGGACAAGGUCUCGACACCUUGCACUAUAGUUCAGACAACUGGUGACCUUGUUGUGCCAAACUCAGUUGUGUACUACAUGCAAGAGAAGAUUAAAGGAAAGUCUAGUGUGGAAUUCAUAGACACUGAUGGGCAUUUUCCUCAUCUUACUGCACACCAGCAACUACUUGAUGUGCUUACUGCAGUUCUUGGCCUUUCUGUUUAGAUUUACAUACAUAAUCUAGGUUUUUUCUUUUUCCUUUUUCUCUUUGGUGUUUUCUCUUCUGGGUCUGUUGGAAAAUACAAUAAAUGUCCAAAGGACAGUGUUUAUUGUGUGUUCAUAAUUUUGUGUAUGUGAUAUAUAGAAGUAGGAUGUAUGUAGUUAGCAGUUGGAUUGCAGAUUUUCUUUUGGUGCGGAGAUUUUCCUUUUUCAGUCUGUAAUAGUGUGGAGUUGGGAAAUAUAGCUUGGUUUUCUUUCA